UUGACACGAUCAUAAUUACGAAUGAGUCAUUACAUUCUUUUCAACGAUCGAACUCGUUACAUUCUUUUUAGUUAGUUCCCGCAUAGUUCUUGAUUUUCGUAUCCGUCCCCACCCCCACGUUGGCCCAAAACGGACCAAAAUAAAACUAGAUUGUUUCAGCGGAUAAAACCGUCCGACCAUUCACUGCCCGUGGGCCAAGAAGCCUUUUCGAACAGACAGGGCGAGGGGUAAUCACGAUGAUUCACCAUCAGAGUAGUGAAUGAGUAGGGAGUUCGUUAGAGCACGUGACCUUCCAACGUCAUCCUUCUUCGGUUCGAAUCGGUUUGUUAGUCAGACAGUGACUAUCGUCGUAUAAGUGUCGAAUUUGUCUAGUCUUUCGUGCUUUUUUCCCUUUUGUGAUAGUAAGUUUAAUUAAGUGAAAUUCGGGGCACAGGAACACACAGGAUACUUAUUUCAACACAGAGAAUCAGAAGAAGCUCUUCUUGGCGGUCACUGUCAGGAUUUAGACGCCCUAGUGAACAGACUAGAAGUAGUUACAACCAGACUAGAAGAGACUCUAGCUGCUAUUCAGAAAUUUCCUACCACGUUAUCUUUCGAUUUUUCAAAACCUACAUCACCCGUCGAAUCGAAUUUCUCUGCGAUGUCUUCAGCUGGGUAUAGAGAUAUUGUACAAGGGCCACUUGCCAAUUAUGUACGGCUGUCUACACAAAUCGGCGGUCUUGUCUCCGAGCAUGCUCAACUUGUUGCCGAUGCUUUCAAUGCACAGCUCGCUUACGUUGAAAACGCCGGUCAAAGGUCAGAGCCGCCUCAGAGCGAGCAAGUCUCACUUUUGGGGCCGACUUCGAGCAAAAUUCAAGCGAUUCAAGACUUAAGGGCCAAAAACAGGAGUUCGCCUUUCUUCAACCAUUUAAGUGCCGUCAGUGAGAGCAUACCCGCUCUCGGCUGGGUCACAGUCAAACCUGCGCCAUCACCAUAUGUAAAAGAAAUGAAUGACGCUGGACAGUUCUACACGAACAGAGUAUUAAAAGACUGGAAAGAAAAGGAUGCCAAACACAUUGAAUGGGUCAAUGCCUGGUUGAACACGCUGACCGAACUUCAAAAAUAUGUCAAAAUGCAUCACACAACAGGACUUGUAUGGGCGAAGGGAGGUCCUGGUGUCCCACCACCACCGCCGCCAGGUGGUAUGCCUCCGCCACCACCACCAAUUGGCGAUUUGUCCAUCCAGCCCGAAGGUGACGACAGAUCAGCCUUAUUUGCGGAAAUCAACCGUGGCGAAGACGUCACAAAGCAUUUGAAAAAAGUCACCGCAGAUAUGCAAACGCAUAAGAAUCCGGGUUUAAGAUCAGGCCCCGCUCCUUUCAAAGCACCUAAUACUCAAGUUAGCUCUGUAAAGCACGAAUUACCAGGCACAGGACCAAGAGGAACAGUGCAGAAACCCCCCGUAUUUUCUAGAGAUGGCAAAAAAUGGCUUGUUGAGCAUCAGAAGGGUAAUCAUCAAUUAGUGGUUGACGGUGCUGAUAUGAACAAUGUUGUUUAUAUGUUCGGUUGUACUGAUUCAACAUUGACUGUCAAAGGAAAAAUUAAUUCGAUUUUCCUUGACUCUUGUCGCAAGACAUCCGUACUCUUUGACACACUUGUAUCGUCAGUUGAAUUUGUCAAUUGUCAAUCUGUACAAAUGCAGGUAUUAGGAAAAGUCCCAACCAUUUCCAUUGAUAAGACAGACGGAUGUCAAAUGUAUCUGAGUAAAGAUUCGCUCGAUGUGGAGAUCGUGAGCUCAAAGUCUUCUGAAAUGAAUGUAUUGGUCCCAAAAGACAAUGGCGAAUAUACUGAGCUUCCCGUUCCUGAACAGUAUAAGACUGUAGUGAAGGGCAAGAGCCUCACAACAACGCCAGUAGAAAACAAAGGUUAAAUUAUCCUUACAGAUUCAAACCCAUAAAUUGUAUCACCGUACUUUCCAACAUGCAAAUAACGAUUGAAAUUGGUUCUAACUGUUUGAAUUUCAUUUGGUGACAUGUUUUCUUUAAUGGCGUUCUCUCUAAUGUAAUAUCCUCUCCAUUGUCUGUGAUAUCUGGAAUUAGGUAGAAAAAAAAAAAAUCAAAUUAUAUUUAUAUCCUAUGUGAAUUAUUAGUUCCCUUUAGUUCUCCUUUUAGCGCAGAUUUUUAUUUUUCUGAUUUAGACAGUUGGAAAGUGGGUGACUUUCAUUUUAUUAAUUUCUUAUGUGGAAACUGUCUUAAAACAAUUUGACCAAUAAACCUGGCAAAUUAGGGAAGUAAAAAAAAAAUCAUCAAAAGAAAUUUAUGAUAAAUGAAAAUAUGGGUAUUAUUGUAACAUUGUAUGAAACUACAUUACAUAAGUAGCGAAUUUAGGGUAAGAUUUCAACUAACUUAGGUUUACCAUUAAGGCUUUUUUCUUUAAUCAAUAUAAUAAAUUGGUUGUGGCAUGAAUUACAACUAAAAUAACAUCGCUCAAGAGAACUUUUGAUAUUACUAUUAUAACAACAAAAAGUUGCUUUUUCCCUAUUUUAUAUUUACACACAUUAUUUAUUCAUGUUCUUCCUUACUGUAUUUAAAACUGCAUAUUAUAUUAAAUAUUCCUGAAAAGUA